UGCGUUUGGUGAGCCCCACCAAGUCAUCGUCUUCUGGUCGUGUUGAGGUGUUUUACAAUAAUACAUGGGGAACCAUUUGUGACGACUCUUGGGACUUACAGGACGCUGAUGUUGUUUGUCGUCAGCUUGCAUUCGAAGGAGCUUUAUCAGCUCCAAGACGUGCAGCAUUUGGACAAGGAAAAGGCCAGAUAUGGCUGGAUGACGUCAAUUGUGUAGGAAAUGAGACACUGUUAGCGCGAUGCCGUCACAGAGGAUGGGGAGAUCACAACUGUGGGCAUUAUGAAGACGCUGGUGUCGUGUGCCGACCUGCAGCUGUCCGUGUUAUGAAUUCUUACAAUUCGUCACGUUCUGGUCGUGUUGAAGUGCAGCACAAAGGUGUAUGGGGAACCAUUUGUGGCAAUUCUUGGGACUUUCAAGACGCUGAUGUCGUUUGUCACCAGCUUGGAUUCGAAAAAGCUUUAGCAGCAUUUCGCAACGCAGGAUCUGGACCAAGAACAGGUCCGGUAUGGUUGAAUGAAGUAAGAUGUGUGGGAAAUGAGUCAUCGAUAUCAGAAUGCGUGCACAUUGGAUGGGGAGAUCACGACUGUUGGCAUAAUUAUGACGCUGGUGUAGUGUGCCGACCCACAAUUCGUUUGGUAAGUCCGGCCAAUUUGCCAUCUUCUGGUCGCGUUGAAGUUUUUUACAAUGGUUCAUGGGGAACCAUUUGUGACGACUAUUGGGACUUACAGGACGCUCAUGUAGUCUGUCGCCAGCUUGGAUACGAUGGAGCUAUAUCGGCGCCUAGAUAUGCAGCAUUUGGACAAGGAACAGGUCAGAUAUGGCUGGAUGACGUUAAUUGUGUAGGAAAUGAGACACUGUUAGCGCAGUGCCGUCACAGAGGAUGGGGAAUUGAAAACUGUGGGCAUAGUGAAGACGCUGGUGCAGUUUGCCAACCCUCAGCCAUUCGUUUGGUGAGUUCCACCAAUUCACCAUCUUCUGGUCGUGUUGAAGUGUUGUACAGGGGUACAUGGGGAACCAUUUGUGAUGAUUCAUGGGACUUACAGGACGCUGAUGUAGUUUGUCGCCAGCUUGGAUACGACGGAGCUUUAUUAGCAACAAAAUGGGCAGUAUUUGGACAAGGAACUGGUCCGAUAUGGCUGGAUAACGUGCAAUGUGUAGGGGUUGAGAUUUCGAUAUCGGACUGUCAGCACGUAGGAUGGGAAAUCCACAACUGUAGGCACUUGGAAGACGCUGGUGUCGUGUGCCGACCCCCAGUUCGUUUGAUGAAUCACGCCAAUUCAACGUCAGCUGGUCGUGUUGAAGUGUUUUACAACGGUACAUGGGGAACCAUUUGUGAUGACCUGUGGGACCUACAGGACGCUGAUGUAGUUUGUCGCCAGCUUGGAUUUGAAGAAGCUUUAUCAGCACCAGGAUCGGCUGCGUUUGGACAUGGAACUGGUCAGAUAUGGCUGGAUGACGUUAAUUGUGUAGGAAAUGAGACAUUGAUAUCACAGUGCCGUCACAGAGGUUGGGGAACUGAGAACUGUGGGCAUCAUGAAGACGCUGGUGCAGUGUGCCGUCGACUGAAAGUUCGUUUGGUGAGUCCUACUAAUUCACCAUCUUCUGGACGUGUUGAAGUGCAGUAUAGUGGUACAUGGGGAAGAAUUUGUGGGUACAGCUGGGACCUACAGGAAGCUGAUGUUGUCUGUCGCCAGCUUGGAUACGAUGGAGCUUUAUCAGCACCACGAUGGCCAGCAUUUGGACAUGCAACAGGCCAGAUAUGGCUGAAUGAGUUACAGUGUGGAGGAAAUGAGACAUCAGUUUCACAGUGCAGUCACGGAGGGUGGGGAGUUCUUUACUGUAGAAAUCAUAUGGAUGCUGGUGUGGUGUGCAGCCAGCCAAAAGUCGAACCCCAGAUUCUAAACAUGCAAUGUCCAGGCUCAAUAACUCAUGGAAGUAACGUAACUCUUUAUUGUAAUGUCACUGGUAAUCCUUCUCCGAACAUUACUUGGAUAUGGGAAGAAACAGGAGAUGUCCUUAGUAGCAGUGAGGAGCUCACUUUUUCAGUUAUAAAUCAAAGCCAAGCAGGCAACUAUCAAUGCCUGGCACGGAAUGGAAUUGGUAACAGUUCCACCAAAACCUGCAGCCUAGACGUGCUUUAUGAACCUCUGGUUCUAAACUUAGAGUGUCCAACAUCAAUCAUUGAGGGACAUGACGCGACUCUUCACUGCAAUGCAACUGGAAAUCCUCCCCCAAAUAAUGAACCUCUGGUUCUAAACUUAGAGUGUCCGACAUCAAUCAUUGAGGGUCAUGACGUGACUCUUCACUGCAAUGCAACUGGAAAUCCUCCCCCAAAUAUUAACUGGAUACGGAAGGAAACAGGAGAUGUUCUGGGUACCAAUGAACAGCUGACUCUUACAGCUGUCAAUCGCAGCAAAGCAGGCACUUUUCAGUGUUUGGCGUGGAAUGGAAUCGGAAAAAACUCCACCAGAACAUGCAGUCCGGAUGUGUAUUUUGAUCCACAGAUAUUCCACAUGCAUUGUCCAACCACGACAGUUGAGGGAGGUAACGUAACUCUUCACUGCAAUGCUAUUGGAAAUCCAUCUCCAAAUAUCACCUGGGUAUGGCAAGAUACAGGAUACGUCCUUGGUAGAAGCGAAAAGCUGACCCUUAAAGAAGUUGAUCGAAGUCAAACAGGGACUUAUUUGUGUCGUGCGUGGAAUGGAAUCGGCGGCAAUUCCACCAGAGCAUGCAAUCUGAAUUUGUACUUCGAAACUCAAGUUCAAGCUUUGCAGUGUCCGGGCUCAGCUAUUGAAGGGAGUAACGUAAAUCUUCAAUGUACUGCUACUGGUAAUCCUCCUCCAAACAUCACAUGGAUAUGGCAAGAUACAGGAGAUGUUAUUGGCAACAUUGAGCAGCUUAUUUUGUUCGAUGUUCAACGCAACCAAACGGGGUUUUAUCAGUGCCGCGCAUGGAAUGGAAUUGGCAAUAGUUCGAUCAGUACAUGUCACUUGGAUGUAUUCUACUUGCCGACUGGUACACGAAUGACAUCUGGCCUGAAUAAUACUGUCGUUUUAGCUGGAGGUUUACUGUUCCUAAACUGCACCUCAGAUGCUAACCCUGCAGUUCAUGCGUUUCAGUUGAUAUUCAAUAGUACCCUCAUCGCCAUCAGUAACUCUGGGAUGUUUAGUGUUACAGUGAGGAAAGCUGGAAUAUACACAUGUAUCCCUGUAAAUGAAGUGGGCUCAGGAGACAGUGCUACAGUCAAAGUAACUGUUCUCGAUGCUCCUGGUUUUCCAGUAUUUGUGAACAACACCGUUGAUACAAUAACUAUCAAAUGGUCACCAAUUCAUCUUGAAUCUGCUACAUAUACCGUAAAUAUAAGACCAGGAGAAGAAACAGCGUGGAUGAACGCAAGUUGUAAACAGACUAUUUGGCAGAAUCAUUGCACAGUGACAGGCACAGUUGCGGACGUUGUAGACCUCGAAGAGGACUCUGUGUAUCAUUUUAGAGUUUAUGCUAACUACAGAGGAGUCAGAAGUGACGCCAGUUUACCGUCAGGAGCCUUCAGAACCGCAGGUGAUGUUGGAUUAUGUGGUUUUAUGAGUUGUUGCCAUGUAAUGGAACUUUUUCCUUUAUGUAAUGUAUUCAGAGAUAUUUAA